AAGGCCAGUUGGCAUUGGAGAAGCGGAAGGGGCUGAUGGGCAUGGGCGCCCUGCUGAUGCUGCUGCCCUCGGCAGUCAGUCCCGGGGCUGAUGAGGAAGACGGGGACAUCUUCCUGUUAUCCGCCCUGCUGCAACUCCGGCAGAUCCAGCAGGCUAAUGCCUGGCCACAGGCCCUUCCUCUGGUGGUGGUGGUCCCAGGGCAGGCUGGGCACAGGGCCAGCGAUGAACGGCUAGAGGAAGACCUGAUGCUUCAGACACUCAUUGAGGAAGGUUUGAUUUCAGAGUACAUGUUCGUCCAUAUCCCCGAGACCACGAACGAACCCCAAGGAUCCGAGCAGAUCCGCCAUGCCGUCAGGUGGCUCGCUGCCCGCUCCACGGCACCAGCCCGGCUCGUCUCGCAGACGUUGGUGCAGGUUGUGGAGGCCGGGCUCUGCCGCGAGUUUGCUGGUAGGCUUCACCGUGAUCGGAGGGACCGUGACAUGGCGGGACUGCCCUCCCAGGGCCCUGCACCCGUCAUCGGCCUCUACAACACUGUCCUGGCUUUCUUGGCUGGCCUUGUGUCGUCCCCGAGUCUGGCUGGCCUCUCCUGGCCCGUGGCAGAGUUCUCGGUGCCAGGGGGUGGUGACUGCCUACCACAUCUGCUCUGGAACUCGGCUGAGCACCUGGAGUGGCUCCAGGGGGCAGUCCUGAGCCUGCGGCUGCCCGACUGGCCGCUGCCAGCCGUGGGGGCUCCUUGGAGCCAGCUGGUUGCCUCCAUCUUCCAGUACGUAUCUCAAAUCCCAUGGUCCCGCCACAGCCAGCCACUCCUUAUGUCCCAGUUGGAGAACCUUUUGGAGAGGCUGCGUCAGGACUGUGUGGGCCGAGGUGGGGGGCCGGACAAGGAGCCCACUUUCUGGGAGGUGCCCUGGGACGAAAUUGUCAUGCUCUGUGUAGAGCACCAACUCCGGGACUGGAACCCUCCUGGGUGCCCCGUGAGUGAAGAUGUCAUCAGUGACGACGGAGAAAUCUCGGUGUAUUUCCUGAGCGAUGGGCUGCAGGGCUUCAUACCGCCGUCCUGCUGGGUGGAUGCCGUAAAGCAGACGCACAGGGACAAGCAGCAGGGGAAGGCAGGGUGUCACCAGAGCAUGUGGCCUCAUCCUCGACUGGCCAGGCCACGUCUUCAACAGAAGCUGUUUCACAGCAUGGUUGAGGACCCUGAGUCCGGAUCCGGUGUUGCCCCUGUUUUGGAUGCUGCCUCCAGCCCCCAGGACCUCCUGGCUCGCAUUGAGGAGGAGAAAGAACAGAGCCGCAGGUUCGAGGACCAGCUGCGUACCUGGCUUGACGUCGAGUCCCUGGGCCCUUCCUCUUCCUCCUCACCACUUUUCUUGCCUUCUUCGUUACUGUCUGUACCGGAGAUCGUAGUGCCCUCCCCAAAGAUGGCUGCCCCACCUGCACUUGCCCUGGUAUUGACCCUGUGCCUACACAGGUGCUCACAUUUUAAGACCCCAAGUACCCUGUGCUCAUCAGUUGAGACUGUUUCUGUGCCCAUUUUUGUAGCAGAAGGAGCGCAGUGUCCGCAGUGACCAGG